AUGACCCUCUCCGUGGCCACCGCGCGCGCCGAGCUCAAGCAGCGCGUCCCCUCCACCGCCGCGGGCGUGGGCGUCGUCACCAUCUGCGGCGGCGGCAACGGCGCGCACGUGGCGGCCGCCUACCUGGCGUCCAACGGCGUGCGCGUGCAGGUGCUUACGCGCCAGCCCGAGCGCUGGGCGCAGACGCUGGAGCUGAGCACGGCCGGCAGCAGCUGGGAGUCCAAGGGCGUCAUGACGGGCCGCCUGAGCCUCGUGUCCAAGCACGCCAAGCACGUGAUCCCGCAGUCCGACGUGGUGAUCGUGGCGGCCCCGGCCAACGCGCACCCGGCCAUCCUGGAGCACGUGUCGCCCUACCUCAAGAAGGGGGUCAAGCUGGGCGCGCUCUUCGCGCAGGGCGGCUUCGACUGGGCCGCCAAGAAGGCGCUCGGAGAGGAGAAGUUCGCCAACGUGGACCUGCUCUUCGGUCUGCAGAACAUCCCGUGGAUCUGCAAGGCCACGGAAUACGGCCACAAGUGCCGCAUCAUCGGCCCCAAGCAGUGCCUGUACGUGGCGUGCUACCCGGUGGAGUGCAAGGAGGAGGCGGCGUCGCUCAUGCAGACGCUCUUCGACAUCCCGUGCAAGACGGUGGCCAACUUCCUCAACCUGACGCUCACGCCGUCCAACCAGAUCAUCCACCCGGCGCGCUACUACGCCAUCUUCCGCGACUGGGACGGCAAGCGCACCUACACGCACGAGGAGCUCAAGAAGCGCGAGGGCCUCACGCUGUACGCCGACUUUGACGAGUUCUCCGCGGAGCAGCUGACGAUGCUGGACAACGAGCUGCAGCAGGUCAAGUACGCGCUGCUGCAGCGCUUCCCCGCCCUGGACCUGUCGGACGUGCUGCCCAUGGGCGACCGCGUCGUCAAGCACUACGGCAAGGACGUGUCCGACCGCUCGUCGCUGCUGCAGAUCUUCCGCACAAACCUGGGCUACGCCGGCUGCGCGACGCCGCUGACGGAGGUGUCCAAGGGCCAGUUCCAGCCCGCGCUCAACUCGCGUCUGUUCUGGGAAGACAUCCCGUACGGCCUGUGCAUCCUCAAGAACAUGGCCGAGAUGCUGGGCAACUUCCCGACGCCGCGCAUCGACUUCAUGAUCCGCUGGCACCAGCAGUACAUGGGCGUGGAGUUCCUCAACCCGGACGGCCAGCUGAACGCCCGCGAGCUCUGGCGCACGGGCGCGCCCAACAAGUACGGCAUCCACAGCCUCGAGGACCUGGUCUCGACGUCGCUGCCGAAGGAGAUGCGCGACUACCGCCACCCGCGCUCCCGCAUUUAA